GAGCCGGCGAGCAGGCUGGGAGGCUCCGCUCCGCUUCCAUGGUGAUGGUGCUAGAGAGGGUGGCAGUUCAGCCCGCGUACCGGAACACAAUGUAAACGGAAUGGCUGCUAGACUGGAUCGCCUGCACGCUUCUCGGGGGACGCUACAACUUCCCACAGAAUAGUGAAGAUUUGCCGUGUUUUAUCGACGGCUGUUCUGAUGAAACGCUGGGGCUUUGUGGUCCGGCGGAGGCUAGUCGGGAUGCCGGAGCUCGCCUAAGAGCACCCCGCUGCGUUUGUUGUCUUUCUCUUUGGAUUUUCCUUCGAAGUUUAUCGACGACAAGCUGCACAUUUAACGCGCAUGGAGCCUUUAAACUUCUAAAAUGGUCUGUGUCGUUUUGUUCUACGCUCGUUACAAACCUGGAUAAGAAACAGUGGAGCAGCGACGAAGCGACAACACCCCGACACGACAACCAGUGUUACUUGCCCUCGCCUGGGAUCCAUUCAAGUGAGUGGAUUUGAAAGCGCAAUCGAUGCAUCUCGGAGUGUCUGAGUCCAUGAGAGAGUGCGAGUACAGCCAAAUAAGCACUCGCAGCUCAACUCCAAUGGAGACUCCUUUUAAGAAGAAGAUCCCUAAAAAGAGGAAAUGGGAGUCAUUCCCAGGUCGGAAUAAAUUCUACUGCGAUGGGAGGAUAAUGAUGGCCAAGCAGACCGGGGUCUUCUACCUCACCCUUGUCCUCAUUCUUGUGACUUGUGGACUUUUCUUCACAUUUGACUGUCAGUUCUUGGCCCUGCAGUUGACCCCAGUCAUACCGGUGAUAGGGGGAGUGCUCUUUCUCUUUGUGCUGGGAACGCUGCUGAGAACCAGCUUCAGUGAUCCAGGGGUUCUGCCCAGGGCCACUGCAGAUGAAGCAGCCGAUCUAGAGAGGCAAAUAGAUGUGGCCAAUGGGAGUACGGGCUACCGGCCACCACCGAGGACCAAGGAGGUGGUAAUCAAUGGCCAAACAGUCAAGCUGAAGUACUGCUUCACUUGCAAAAUUUUUAGACCACCGCGUGCCUCCCACUGCAGCCUUUGUGACAAUUGUGUGGAACGUUUUGACCACCACUGUCCCUGGGUGGGGAACUGCGUGGGAAGGAGGAACUACCGCUUCUUCUACAUGUUUAUCCUUUCGCUGUCCUUCCUCACCAUCUUCAUCUUUGCCUUUGUCAUCACACACAUAAUUUUACGCUCUCAUGAAAGUGGGUUCCUCACUGCUCUUAAAAAUAGUCCAGCCAGUGUGUUGGAGGUGGUGGUGUGUUUCUUCUCUGUGUGGUCCAUUGUGGGCCUUUCAGGCUUCCAUACCUACUUGAUCAGCUCCAACCAGACCACCAACGAAGAUAUAAAGGGCUCUUGGUCUUCAAAAAGAGGGAAGGACAACUAUAAUCCUUACAGCCAUGGCAAUAUAGUCACAAAUUGCUGUGCAGCGCUGUGUGGACCUUUGCCACCGAGUCUCAUUGAUAGACGGGGAUACAUCCAGCCAGACACACCACAGCUGGCACAGCCAACCAACGGCAUCACUGUGUAUGGUGCUACUCAGUCUCAGCAGAGCCACAUGUGUGACCAAGACCAGUGCAUUCAGAGCACUAAAUUCGUUUUGCAGGCCGCUGCCACCCCCCUCCUCCAGCAGCAGACAAACGAGCCGGUUAUCCUGACGGCCCCCCCAGAAAACGGAGGCUCCCUCCCAAGCCGCACCUCACUCGGACUGGGGGGUCCCUGCACUUCACUCCCCCUUGGGCAACCCACACCUCCUAGCUCCACACCUAGCCUCAGCUGCCAGGAGACCAGCGACAUGCUGCCGAUUCACACGCAUGGCCACAAACACAACCACAGUCGGCCCCUCCAGGACCAGGUGGCACACCACCACUUUCUUACUCCAGAGGACCUUCCCUCUCCCCCAGGUAUGCUUCCUUGCAGCAGCCCUAUGGGCCACAGCCACACUGUGCAGGCCGGCUUCUACAAUCCAGCUAGCCAGGACUCGCUGCACGAGGAUUCCGUCAGAGGACUGGUCAAGCUCAGCUCUGUCUGACAGUGAGGGAGACAACCUGAAGUCAUGCGCACGGUCCCGAAAAUGUGCCACAAUCUGACAAACAAGCGCUCACAUUGAGUUUCAGUUUUCCACCAAUGCGGUUGCAUAAACAGAGCUGCCGAUAACGCAAUGGACCUGAACGGAACCCAAGUGAAUGCAGUUGCCCUCAGCAAACGUCUUGCCAAACCUCUCUGCUGUGCCGAUACUCUUCUCGUGAUCCUUUUGGACUUUAAGGGAAACAUCUCCAAUCUGCACAAGUUGUUUUUCAAAGCAGACAUCUCAAGCAAAAAAUAUAUAUGACCUAUUUUGACACAUUUUUGGUAAGAAAAACAAAAAGCUGAAUUUCUGUCAGUUUUCGUUCUUUUUCCACACCAGACAGACUUACGCCUAUUUGCCUGUUGCUGAUUGGACAGUGUUUUUCUGCCUUUUUUCCAUGUACACUCAGCAGUGCAAUGGUUGAUGUCAUCAUAUUGCAUAUCAUCCUGCUUUAUGUUGGAAAAAAUGACAGUUGUAUUGUACCAAGGUUAUUACAAAUUAUAUUUCCUGUGGAUAUAAAUAAAUCACCUACUUUUUAAUCAGAUGCCAGUUUUUACAUUGAGCUUACUUGCUGAUGUUGUGAUCAACCAGACACUGGUGAUUAUAUGAAUUUUAUUCUGAAUUUCAUCAGACCAACAGCAUUCUAAACGUACAAUAUUUUAGUUCCUAUGUGCAUAUAUUUACAUCAGCUAUAAAGAAACCUUGUUGAGUGGUUUGGUUUGUCAGCUCGCGCCUGACAUCUUGUGGCGAAAUAGGGGCGCUGCCGCCCAUGUCAAGCACUCUUGAACCUUGCCGUUUAUUUUCAGUAGAUGCAGCAUAACACAAAGAUAUUUAAACAGAACAGAUUUGAAUCUUGUUAAGUGAAAGCUCUAUAUGUAAAUGGGUCGAAUCCAAAAACCUGGAAAAAGAAAAAUAAUACUAUAUGUAGUUUUUGGAAAUAUGAGACUCAGCAUGUUAUUUGAAAGAACAUUAUUUACACUUUUUUAAUUCCUCUCACACACAGAAAUUAGAGACAUAUUUUUCCUGAAAAACAUGAGUCGAAUUCCAAUUGGUGCGUUCCACAUUACAGGUUCCACGUUCUCACACGAGUGUAGUGAAUGAACAACUGGCUUGGUAGCGAAGUCACAAAGAGCAACAGUUACAUGUUUUAUUAUUUGCGUUGAAGACCGAGAGGGAAAUGAAUGCAAUCCUAGAUUUUGUAAAUCCUGUAAAUAGCGUUUAGGCUCAUGCUGAAAUAUUCUAGCCAUGCUGACCUUCCUGGAUAAAGCAGCAUCUACCACUGGUCCUUCUUCAGCACAGAUAGCUAAACUACAUGAGAAUUUGAGACCCAAACCAUCAGUUUGAUCACCACAAUUUGACAUCCAUAAGCUCCAGGUCUCCCAUGAUCUCCAGCU